CUCUAAGUUAGGCAAUAAUUGACCAAUCAGCUGUGGGCCGCAACCUCUUUCGCUCACUUGGCCAGUACGUACUGCCGUACCGCUUCAGAUAGCGGAUUGCUCACAUUGACUUCUCACAUUGAACAACCUCUCAUUGUCCAAGGACCUCUUGACUCACAUCACAUCUCAUUCCUCUCAGUGACCCAAUUCAUAAGCAAAACACCCCUAUGCCGGUCAAUUGAUUGUUAUCUGAUUUUACCACAGCAAUUGUUCAUCAUCUCCUCUCAUCACUAAAAACUCCAACAAAAAGAACAGCCAAAAAAAAAAAAACACCCCGCCAUGGCCUCACAACCUCCGGUCGCGGGGUCCGACGCCGCCCUCCCGCUCAUCGACAUCAAACCGCUGCUCAAGAAACUCUGGCCCGUCCCGGACGCCGGCCUCGCCGUGAGCGCCGACGAGAUCGCCGAGGCCAUCUCCCACUUCUUCACCCACCAGGUCUCCGACACCCAGGCCGCCUCCCUCCUCAUCGCCCUGCACUUUACCAACCUCGACCGCCGCGCCGACGUAAUGGCCCGCUCCGCGCACUACAUGCGCUGCGCCGCCGCCAAAGUCGACUUUGAUGACCUGACCAAGGUCGUCCAGCAAAAGGCCCUCGGCGCGGGAACCUACGCCGGCGGGCUAUGCGACAUCGUCGGCACGGGAGGUGACGCCCACAACACCUUCAACAUCAGCACCACCGCCUCCAUCCUCGCCUCUUCUCUUCUUCUGGUCGCCAAGCACGGCAACCGCGCCAGCACCUCCAAAUCCGGCUCCGCGGACCUGGUCAACAACAUGCAACCGCGCCCGCCCGUCCUUAUGGCCGUCACCCCGGCCACAAUGUCAAAAGUCUACGCCGCCACAAACUACGGCUUCCUCUUCGCCCCCGUCUUCCACCCGGGCAUGCGCUACGUCGCGCCUAUCCGCAAAGAGCUCCCAUGGAGGACAAUCUUCAACCUCCUCGGGCCCCUAGCGAACCCCGUCGAGGAUAUCCUCGAGGCCCGCGUCAUCGGCGUAGCGAGAAAGGAGCUCGGCCCCGUGUUCCUCGAGGCCCUCAAGAUUAGCGGCUCGAAAAAGGCAAUGAUUAUCUGCGGUGAGGAGGAGCUGGACGAAGUCAGCUGCGCCGGGCCGACGCUGGUCUGGAGGCUGAGCGAGGCGGCGGGCGGGGAGGUCGUGGCGGAUCACUUCAAGGUGCAGCCGAGUGAUUUCGGUCUGGGCACGCACCCUCUCAACACCGUGUCCCCCGGUAAAGAGCCGGCUGAGAAUGCCGAGAUUCUGAGGAGGAUACUGGAGGGCGAGAUGGCGGAUGACGAUCCCAUUCUCGAGUUCGUUCUGAUGAACGCCGCGACGCUGUUUGUGACGUCGGGUAUCUGCGAGGCCGAGACGAGCAACAUGGGUCCCGGUGAUGACGGCCAGGUGAUUACCGAAAGGGGACCUGGUGGAGGACGCUGGAAGGAGGGUGUGCGGAGGGCGCGCUGGGCUGUCAAGAGCGGCGAGGCCUGGAAGCAGUGGAGUGCAUUCGUCGACGUUACAAAUAGCUUCAGUCAGUAGAGCGUGUGUAACUUGAGGGUACCGUACUAUGAAAACCCCGGCAAGGGGAAUAGGGGUCAGCAGAGACCAAAGAAAGCAAGGCAUGGAAUACCACGGCCUCAACACGAAACGCAUCACG